AUGCACGGGUCGGUGCACGGGUUCCCUAGGAUGUUGGGCAGCAUCGAUUGUAUGCAUUGGGAGUGGAGGAACUGCGCCGCCGCCUGGAAGGGGAUACACACUUCCGGCUUCAAAGCCAAGCAUCUCACGUUGAUCCUUGAAGCUGUAGCUGACUACCGGCCAUGGAUAUGUUUCGUCGCCAACGGCAAUCAGCACAACAUGGGAUACUAUUUGGCGGAUGAGAUAUACCCAAACCGGCCCGUCUUUGUGAAGACGAUCAAGCAUGCGAUCGGGCCAAAGAAGUCCUACUUUGCGACCCGGCAGGAGGCAGCGCGCAAGGAUGUUGAGCGCGCAUCUGGUGUGCUCCAGAGUCGAUGGGCGAUGUGGACCAGCGAAGAUGACACGGGUGCCGGUCCAAGCCACGGUGUGGCCCCCGCGAAUGUGAACAUGGGGGUACCUCAUGGAGAGGUUGAGCGGUUGCGCGCAUUUGCCGACAUGCGGCAAAGAAAUGCCCAUAUUCGACUUCAGGAGGAUAUCAUCGAAAAGGUUUGCACGCGGAGGGGUGGACACUGA